AUGGAGCAUCUGACGAAGCAUCAGAGGGAUAGUGCGAUUGGGACUCACGAUCACGAGGACAUUAUACCGGAUGAGAACGUCUGCUCUGAGGCAGAUGAUGAGGCAGUCGAAUACGAUGAUGUGUAUCGUAUGUUUGAUGACAUGUCUUUAAAAGAUUGUUUUCGACACCUUGCUGUUGCACACCAGCUCCCCCGUUCGGUGGUCAAUAUGAUGCUGGCCAUCCUACGGAAGAAACUAGAUUUAAAUCAUCCUAAAGAUGCACGGACAUUGAUUGGUACACCAACCCGUGUUAGUAGUCAAGUUGUGCCUAUCCGGAGAGGUGAUUUUUGGUACGGAGGUUUAAAAUCUGUCCUGAUAAAAUACGUUAAACCUGCAACUGUUUCAAACAUUUCUGCUCCUGAAGAGACACAGUUUUCAUUAGAUGUGUCAAACGACGGGCUACCAUGGAACAAAAGUGGCCCAACUCAGCUUUGGUCCAUUCUUAUGAAGGUGGUAGAGUUGCCAAAGCUUCCGAUUAUGACGGUGGCCACAUUCAGUGGAACGGCCAAACCGGCAAGCAUUGAAGAGUUUUUGCGGCCGCUAGUAGAUGAGCUGAAUGAAAUUCAGCAAGGAGGUUUGAGCGUUGGCGAGAAAACGUUGAAUUUUAAAGUUCGCAAUUUUCUCGCUGACUCGCCGGCUCGAAGCUUCAUAAAAGCAACAACAAGCUUCAAUGGGAUGCACGGUUGUUUAAAGUGUUCUUGUGUAGGAGAAUACAUUCCCCAAGCCACACUAAUACGCAUGAAUGUCAACUUUUACACUCAUGCGUAUCCGACGGAGAAACCGUACAAGAUCGUUGUCCGAGGAUUACCGUUGCUUGAUCCGAACGAGAUCGUCACCGAACUCCAGGAUAAGUACCAUCUGAAGGCAUCCUCUGCAUACCACAUCAAGCGCCGUGCAGAAGAUACACGUAAAAAAGUUAUUUUCGAUGCAUUGGAUGCUCCCCUGCGUACGGACGCAGGCUUUCGAUCAAGAGUAUGUGCGGACCACCAUAAAUUGUGGCGUUCGCCGUUAGAAGAUUUAGAUAAUUUUGAUUUGAUAAAAAACGUGCCUGUUGGCGAGCGUUUGCACCUAAUUGAUCUGGGGGUGACUCGGAAAAUACUCCGAGGGCUUCUAGAAGGCAAAUUUGACAGAUGCCCUCUUUGGUCCCCUCAACUAAAGGAAGCUGUGUCUGGAUUUUUAAAACAAGUACAACUUCCUUCUGAAAUACACCGUUCGCUUAGAAGCGUUCGGUAUGUCGCUUUUUGGAAGGGUACCGAAUUUCGUACCUUCCUGCAUUAUACGAGUGUUGUGGCCCUGAAAGACUGUUUAGAUCCUCACGUAAACAGUCACUUCUUACUCUAUUUUUGCGGUAUAACAAUAUUAUCUUCUUCGUUCUACCAGCACUUAUGGCAUCGUGCGAAAGAUUUCCUUUCCAGAUUAGUAAAGGAUUUCGGCUCGAUUUAUGGUCGUACUCACUUAACAAGCAAUGUCCAUAAUCUUCAACACGUAUAUGAAGAGGUUGCAAUGUUUGGACCGCUUGAUGAUUUUUCUGCAUAUUGCUUCGAGAAUCAUUUGCAGCAGAUCAAACGUUGGGUUCGAUCUGGCACGAAGUGUGCGGAGCAAGUGCAAGACAGAGCAAAUGAAAUUACUACAUCGUACAUGUCUGCCAACAUCUCUGCUCGCACAUAUUUGAAAACAAACGGUAUCGGUUUACACGUGACCGCCGAUUUUGUUCUUUUACCAACAUUUAAAGAUCAAUGGUUUUUAACCAAAGAUAAUGGUAUAAUAAAAUUUUUGGAAGCCAAAAAAACCUCUUCGCUUCAGUUCUCCGUUGUUGGAAUGCGGAUUUUGUCCCAGGCGGCGUUAUUCGAGGUGUCUGCAGAAGGCAAUGAAAUACUAGCAACCUCGUCUGCAGACAUCCUUCAAAUGUCAAAUGGGCACGGAGAACUUCCACCACGAGGUGAACUUGCACCACGUUCGAGGCUGAGUGAAGUGGAGCUGAUCGUGAACUCGCGACCGCUGACAGACGUUCCGGUUGAAGAUGAAGCCGAUUCCUCACUAACGCCAAAUCACUUCAUUUUAGGUAGUUCGAACGAAAGCAAGCCGCCGCUACCGUUCGAUGAUUCCAUCCCAACCAUACGCAAUCUGGGCUCAUCGCCACUGUUACGAGAAUCAACGUAG